AUGUCGUUUCGGGGAGGACGCGGAGGCGCUCGCGGAGGACGCAGCGGACGUGGAGGCGGCCGUGGCGGAGGCCGCGGCGGCGGCUUCCGCGAGCCCGAGGGCCCGCCGGCUUUCGUCGUCGAGCUGGGCUCCUUCAUGCACGCGUGCGAGAACGAGAUGGUGUACAAGAGCACGAACGACAAGGUGCCGUACUUCAACGCCGGCGCCUUCCUGGAGAACAAGACGCGCAUCGGCAAGGUGGACGAGAUCCUCGGCUCCAUCAACGAGGUCAUGUUCACGGUGAAGCCCGACACGGGCGUGUCGGCCUCGUCCUUCCAGACUGGCGACAAGGUCUUCAUCAGCCCCGACAAGCUGCUGCCGCUCGCCCGGUUCACCGAGAAGCCCGGCAAGAAGCCUGCUGGUGCCGGUGGCCGCGGCGGCCGUGGCGGUGCUCGCGGUGGACGUGGUGGCGGUCGCGGCGGCGGCCGUGGCGGAUUUGGUGGACGUGGCGGAGGCCGCGGCGGGUUUGGCGGACGUGGCGGCGGCCGUGGUGGCUUCGGCGGCCGUGGUGGAGGCCGUGGCGGCUUCAGCGGACGCGGUGGCGGCCGUGGACGCUAUUAG